AUGAAUAGUACAUCAACAAUCAAUUUUGUCAUUUUAAAUCAAGCAAUCAAUCGUUAUGUCCCGAUUCCACUCUUAUUUUUCGGAACUAUCGGAAAUAUACUAAACCUAUUUGUAUUCACACGGAAAACGUUUCAGCACAAUAUUUGCGUUAUCUAUCUUUUGGCCUCAAGUGUUUUUGAUUCAUUUGUUAUUGUCGUGGGUCUUUUACCUCGUUUGCUCAAUGGUUAUGGCGUAGAUCUAUCACAGACGUUUUCUAUACUUUGUAAAUUAAGAUUUUUCUUCACAUAUUACGCGGGAUAUACAGCAGCUUGCUUUAUUAGUCUAGCUUGUAUUGAACGAUAUCUCACGUCAUCAACAAGUGCCUAUAAACGACAGCUGAUUACAAAGAAACGUGCAUAUCUAUCGAUUCUUAUCGUCUUAAUAUUUGGCUGUGUUACAUUUGGCGAGGGGUUCUACUGUAUUGAUAUCAAUCAACAACUGUUCGGUGCUCCACAAUCAUGUUAUCAAUUGAAAUUGAAUAUUCAGUGUCAAAUUGCCGAUAGUCUGCUGCAAUUCAUCUUCGAGCUUUUGGUUCCAGCAUUACUGAUGAUCGUUUUCGGAUUUUUAACGUUCAAAAAUGUUCAUAAUAAACAUUCACGAGUGAAUGCAGUGCAACUCGGCGAUAGUUCUCUAGCAGCUGCAGUCGGAACAAGAAGAAUGUCUGCAUCACAAGAAAAACGAGCUGCACAGAAACGUGAUGGACAAUUGCGAACAAUGUUACUCGUACAAGUUACAGUCUUUGUUAUUUCAACGUUUCCUAUCGGUGUCUUCAAGCUCUAUUCGAUUGUAACGGUCUAUCAAACAAAGUCACCAUUGAAACGAGCCAUUGAGAAUACGAUAUUUAACAUUUCUGUAAUCAGUUUAUUCUUGAAUAACUGCAUUACAUUUUACAUUCAUACAUUAUGCGGGCAGGUGUUCCGAAAGGAAUUAUUGAAACUAUUCCGUUGUAAUUAA